GUAAGGAGCAGCUCCGAUUCCUGCAUUUGGUCACAUCACUGUGUUCAAGCUUCAUCAGAAAGAUCGACAACAUGAGUCUGACUAAUGAGUUUCAGAGGAUGGUGAUGGAGGAACCAGACGAAAGCAGCGGCACAGUAAAAAAAUCAGGUGACAGGAAACUGAAGCUCCUUGUGCUGAUAUUGGCCGUCACGCUGCUCAUCAUGAUGGUUAUGAGUUUUGCUGUGUUUUAUUAUCAGCAGAGAAGAUUAGCAGAUCAGGAAAUCUGGUAUCAGAACUGUUCUCUACACUCAGGCGUCCAGACAAAGAGAUUAUCUGAUAUUGAGUCUCUGAUCAGUAACUUUAGCUCCUCAUGCAGCUCAGUUUUAACCAAACUGGAGACCAAACUGCAGGACUUGGACUCUCAAAAAAACACACUGUCAGAAAUAAAAACUUCUGUUUCUCAACUCACUUCUUCUGUAAACUCUCUGUCCUCCAAAUUACAGAAUACAGACGGUCGAGUGAUGAAGCUGCUGUUGGAUCUGAGUGACUUAAAGACUAAACUGGAAAACAGCACUAAAACCAUUCCUCACUGUAAAUCUGGAUGGAUUCGGUUUCAGUCCAAGUGCUACUUUUUCUCAGAAGACCUUGUAACCUGGGAUGAAGCCCGAAAUUCCUGCAGGAGUGAAAACAGCAUGCUGGUCAAAGUGGAAACAGACGAGGAACUGACUUUUUUGACUGUAAAUCUGAUUGACUACUGGAUCGGACUGACAGACGAAACCACAGGAGAGUGGAGAUGGGAUGAUGGAUCACCUUUUGUCAGGAAUUCACAUUGGUGGGGUGAAGGUCAGCCAGACAACUGGGACGGGCACGGUUUAGGAGGAGGGGAAGACUGUGGACACCUGAGAGAUUCUGGAGAGCUGAAUGACCUUCACUGUUCUGAAAAAAUGAAGUACAUUUGUCAGAUGUAAAUAAAGGCCUUUUAUAUGUUUCAAUUAAAAUGAGAUAUUUUUAAAAUUACUUCAGGGGAAACUUGGAUUGAGAGCAUAAUUCGUUCUGGAAGGUUGCUUAUAUAUCAAAAUACUCAUAUGUCAAAGUGAAUUUCCCCCAUACGAAAUAAUGGAAACCCAGAUGAUUCAUUUUACAACCAUAUAAUCAAAAUAUGUAUAUAAAAAUAGUUAAUAUAAAGUAAAAGUAAAACAAAUUAACAUGCACUUUACACCUUAAAAAGACACAGAGAGAGAGAGAGCGAAACACACACCCCUGAAAUCACUUAUCUAAACAGAUUCAUCUCCCGCACUAUUACUGAGUUACGUUUUUUUCCUCUGGACGUUAUUGCUGCAGUACAGUUACUUAAGAACAGUCACUGUAUUUGGACAAAAAAAAGCUAUAUGUGCACACACACGCAGUCAAAUUAUACCUACAUGCGGAUGUUGACUAUACGAGUGAUGCACUGUGGAAGACGAUUACCCACAAUCCCACAGCACGAGAAAGAAGAAUCAUUGGCUCAGUUAUGUUCACAUGAUGCUUAGCAGACAAAGCGUAUACAUACAAUAAGACUUCACUCCAUUAACAAAUUAAAAGUUAUUUUAAAAAUGUGCUUGUUUUGCAAAAACACUCACAGACUGAGGUACUCGCAAUCCAAGGUUUCACUGUUUUAACGUUAUCUUCUUGUUCAUCUAUACAUUUUUACAAACUUGUCUUCACAGAAUACAGCAAAAUAAAAUUACAAGAUAAUCUUA